UCUCAGAUAGUUCAUCUCCUCCAUCGCGAGGGUUUUUUCUUCUUCUCCAGUUCGUCUUCCAUUUUUUUUCCUCUGCUUGUUAUCCUUUGCCAUCGGGAUUUCGAAUUCUCAGCCUCGAAGUUGGCAACAGUGGCGGAAUCCAUGGAGCUGCCGAGUAGGUUGGCGAUUCUUCCCUUCAGGAACAAGGUUCUCUUACCUGGCGCCAUUAUUCGAAUCCGUUGUACUUCUCAUAGCAGUGUGACGCUGGUAGAGCAAGAGCUAUGGCAGAAAGAAGAGAAGGGGUUAAUAGGCAUUCUGCCUGUUCGAGAUGCUGCCGAGGGAACAUCAAUCAGUACAAUGAUUUCUCCAGGUGUUGGGAGUGAUUCUGGAGAAAACGGGAUGAAACAUCAAGUGGGCACAGCAGAUGCUCAAAAGUCUGAAGCUAGAGAUCAGCAGGACGUUGACUGGCAUCACAGGGGAGUAGCAGCUCGUGCUCUGCAUCUUUCAAGAGGGGUAGAAAAACCGAGCGGAAGAGUUACAUAUGUGGUUGUCCUUGAAGGCCUGAGCCGAUUUAGUGUUCAUGAGCUUGGCAAAAGAGGACCAUAUUCAGUCGCUAAAAUUACUUCGCUUGAUAUGACAAAUACAGAAUUGGAGCAAGUGGAACAAGAUCCAGACUUUGUAGCACUGUCUCGUCAGUUCAAGGCAACUGCUAUGGAGCUGGUCUCUGUGCUUGAGCAGAAGCAAAAAACUGGUGGAAGGACGAAAGUUCUUUUGGACACUGUUCCUAUUCAUAAACUAGCAGACAUAUUUGUUGCAAGUUUUGAGAUGAGUUUUGAAGAACAGUUGUCUAUGUUGGACUCGGUGGACCUUAAAAUAAGACUUUCAAAGGCUACUGAGCUAGUUGACCGCCAUUUGCAGUCGAUUCGCGUGGCAGAGAAGAUAACGCAAAAGGUGGAGGGGCAGUUGUCGAAAUCACAGAAGGAAUAUCUUUUGCGUCAGCAGAUGAGGGCUAUAAAGGAGGAGCUCGGUGAAGUAGGGGUGGCUUUUGUUUUUCCCUUAACAAGAAUGCCUUCAAACAUAUGGAAGCAUGCUCAAAGGGAAUUGAGGAGGCUUAAGAAGAUGCAACCUCAGCAACCUGGAUAUAACAGUUCACGCGUUUACCUGGAGCUGUUGGCUGAUCUUCCCUGGGAAAAGGCAAGCGAAGAACGUGAGUUGGAUCUAAAAGCAGCAAAAGAACGUCUUGACAGUGAUCACUAUGGUUUAGCAAAGGUCAAGCAACGGAUCAUUGAAUAUCUGGCUGUUCGAAAGCUGAAACCAGAUGCAAGAGGCCCCGUUUUGUGCUUUGUUGGCCCCCCAGGUGUGGGGAAGACAUCUUUGGCAUCUUCUAUAGCGGCUGCUUUGGGCAGGAAAUUUAUCCGCAUAUCUUUGGGCGGUGUGAAGGAUGAGGCUGACAUUAGAGGACACAGGAGAACCUACAUAGGAAGUAUGCCAGGGCGCCUCAUUGAUGGAUUGAAGAGGGUUGGCGUCUGCAAUCCAGUUAUGCUAUUGGAUGAGAUUGACAAAACAGGUUCUGAUGUCCGGGGUGAUCCAGCAUCUGCCCUGCUGGAGGUUUUGGACCCAGAGCAAAACAAAUCUUUUAAUGAUCACUAUCUUAAUGUGCCGUUUGACUUAUCAAAGGUGAUUUUUGUGGCCACGGCGAAUAGGGUUCAGCCAAUUCCACCUCCUCUUUUAGACAGGAUGGAGCUAAUUGAGUUGCCAGGUUACACACAAGAAGAAAAACUGAAGAUUGCCAUGCGACAUUUGAUUCCUCGAGUUCUGGAACAGCAUGGGCUGAAUUCUGAGUUCCUUAAGAUUCCGGAGGCUAUGGUGAAGCUUAUAAUUCAGAGGUACACUAGGGAAGCUGGUGUCCGCAAUCUAGAAAGGAAUUUAGCUGCAUUGGCUCGUGCAGCAGCUGUGAUGGUUGCAGAAAAUGAGCAAACUCUUCCGUUGAGCAAAGACGUGCAGAAACUUGCCUCUCCUCUGCUUAAUGACAGAGUGGCUGAGGGAGGUGAAGUGGAAAUGGAAAUCAUUCCGCUGGGUGUAAAUAAGCAUGAAAUAUCAAGUACCUUCCAGAGUUCCUCAGCUUUGGUGGUGGACGAGUCCAUGCUUGAAAAAAUCCUCGGGCCUCCAAGGUUUGACGACACAGAAGCUGCUGAUCGGGUGGCAACACCUGGUGUAUCUGUGGGGCUUGUUUGGACUACUUUUGGUGGGGAGGUCCAGUUUGUUGAGGCUACAUCUAUGGUGGGCAAGGGUGAUUUGCAUCUGACAGGCCAACUUGGAGAUGUCAUCAAAGAAUCAGCUCAACUAGCUCUCACAUGGGUGAGAGCACGUGCGACGGAUUUCAAGUUGGCAGUCUCUGGGGACAUGAAUGUUCUAGAAGGAAGGGACAUCCACAUUCACUUCCCAGCUGGUGCAGUGCCGAAAGAUGGGCCUUCAGCUGGAGUGACUCUGGUAACGGCUCUGGUUUCAUUGCUCAGCCAGAAACGAGUGAGAGGAGAUACAGCCAUGACCGGGGAGAUAACGCUCAGGGGUCUUGUUCUGCCCGUUGGAGGUAUCAAAGAUAAGAUACUAGCAGCGCACAGAUAUGGAAUCAAGAGGGUGAUUCUGCCGGAGAGGAACUUGAAAGACUUGGUUGAAGUGCCCGCAGCUGUAAUCUCAAGUGUGGAGGUAAUACUGGCGAAACGAAUGGAGGAUGUGCUUGAGAAUGCGUUUGAGGGAGGCUGCCCUUGGCGUCACCUCUCCAAAUUAUAACACGACGACCAAAGCAAAACAAAGAAUGCGUUUGAGGGAGGCUGCCCUUGGCGUCACCUCUCACAGCCCCUUGAAUUGGUCAGCUUUCUCCCUCUCUCUCUCUCUCUCUGUACCUAUUCUACGAAUCAAAGCUGUGUAUACACAAUGCUCGUGAAUGGGCAUAUAAUUAUUAAUCGAUUCUGUUGUUAUGGAUGUCUAAUUUUAUUUUACAAACAGAGCUGUUAGCUUCGUU